AUGCAACAAAAUCAUUCCAUCUUAAACCCAAUCACAGUAAAUUCGAUACCGUCCACAGAGCAGCAACAUAUUCAUCACAUUCACCAGCAACAGCAACCACAGCAACAGCAGCAGCAAUCUAACACAAUUCAGUUACAAAACGAUGGGUCCGAUCGGACUCUCAUCAACCAGCAAGAGGUUGAUACAUUCUUAACACAAUGUGGUCUAUCGCAGUACUAUCAAGUCUUUAUCGAGGAAGGCUUUGACAGACCAGAAUCUUUAUUAGAAAUAACUGAAUCAGAUCUAAUUCAGAUGCAAGUAAAAAGAGGACAUCGUAGACUCCUACAAAGAGCAGUUGCAAAUGCCAAAGGAAUACCGUCCUCUGUACCAUUGAAUAUCACUCCUAUCACAAACAAGGAACUGACAGGUUAUUCACAGCAGCAACAACCGCAGUUAUCGCAGCAGCAGCAGCAGCAGCAGCAGCAGCAGCAGCAACCGCCUUUUUUACCUCAGCAUCCACAACAAUCACCACCUAUCCCUCCUCCACAUCAAUCUCAACAGCCUGGAAAGAAAAGCGUGCAACCAGCUGAAGCAGUGGACGUUUCACUACAUGCAUUAGCAGGCGCAUCUCCAAUGAACACUUCGUCUGGCUCAUCAUCAUCCGCUACUUCGUCAGCACAACCUGAAUAUUUUCCAUCGGCAGGUACGAUGACACAAAAUCAAAGCGGCAUGUCAUCAACAGAAGAAGAAGCUGUAACAAGCGACAAUGUGCAUCGUUUAUGGAAGAGAAAAUACCAUCGACAUGCCAAACCAGAUACCAACGCUCCAUUAAAACCUCCUUCAGCCUAUGUCAUGUUUUCAAACGAUGUGCGUGCUGAAUUGAAGCAGCAGAACAAGUCAUUCACUGACCUGGCAAAGAUCAUUGGCGACCGAUGGAAGAAUAUCUCACCAGAAGACAAAGAGCUGUACGAAACAAAUGCGCUGCGGGCAAGAGAAGACUAUCUCAAAAAGAUUGAAGAAUAUCAGAAAACGGAAUCGUUUAGAAAAUAUCAACAGUAUAUUUCCGAUUUCAAGGCAGAAAAUGAAGCUGCUGCUCGUCCUGUUGGCAGACCAAGAAAACGACACAGAAGGGAUGGCGAAUUAAGCGAUGGUGGCACUGCCAGUGAUUCUGCAAGGCAGGGAAGAGCCUCCUCCAUCUCAUCCCAACCAGAUGACCAACAAGCUCAACAACAAACACUAGCACAACAGCAACAGCAGCACCAACGGCAACAACAAGCAAAUAGUCAUCAUAAUAGAACACUCUCUGUUUCAUCAGAUCAAAGACAUUAUCCAUUUUAUUUGUUGAAUGAAGUUGGACUACAGCAACAACGGCAACAAACCUCACCGCAACCGCUGAAUGCAAAGGUACAGCAACAGCAACAGCAGCAACAACAGGCAUCGCCACGUAGCUCAAUUACAUCAGACCGUCCAGCGAGCACAAUCAGUGGCAGUAUAUCAUCCAACGCACCUUUGUCAGCACCAUCUAGCAAAUAA